UGUGGCACCAAUGCUGGCUGUCCACGCCGUCCAAACCCAGACAGCCGCAGUUCCUCAAUUGCACCCUCGCCUCCAACACCUCGUUUCCUAUUCUUCCAUCCACAACACCUCAUCACCUCUCUGCCGUGGGCAACCUUUUUCCUUCUUUCAUCCCUCUUUGCGACCUGCUUUCGCCUUGAUUUUAUUCUGCCACGCGUCAAUUGGAUUUUACAACCACGUUACCAUGGCCACCGAGGCCUCAAUCGCCCUCACCAAUCGAUCCCUCCGUACCAUCCGCACAGAAUUGGAAUUUCUCGCAGACUCUGCAAUCAUCUCUCCAGACCAGCUUUCCUCCAUUCUGUCACAACUACCCGCCCAGACCCCCCUACAUGCUCCUUUACACGCCCCCAUUCAAAAUGGCUCAUCCAACACCCCCGUCGAACAGUUUUCCAACAUGUCUAUGAAGGAGCAAUACGCCCCAGUCCCUACUCCUGCUCCUCUACCUCCUCCAGCAUACGUGCCUGUCCCUCAGAUUCUUUCCAUCGCUUCCGCUUUAUACGCAUAUUCUCCCACAGAUGCCGGAGACUUGGCAUUGCAGCCUGGAGAUCGGAUCCAGGUGUCAGAACACAUGAACAACGACUGGUGGAGAGGUCGAAAUGAACGCACAAAUUUGGAAGGAAUCUUUCCACGAAGUUAUGUCAACGUGAUCGAGGAAAAGGCGCGGCCUCCAAUGAUGCCUGGAUCUUCAGACUAUGGCAACAUGCCUCUUCAAUUGACCCAGUCUGGAACAGGACCUGACGGCCGGAAAUACAGCAAACUUGAAGAGCAAGGCAAGAAGUUUGGUAAAAAGAUGGGCAAUGCCGCCAUCUUUGGUGCUGGAGCAACAAUCGGCAGCAACAUUGUCAACGGCAUAUUCUGAUGAAUCCGUCAGGUGUUCGUUAUGUUUCAACAUCAGCCUCGAUCGGCUACGACUAUGACUUGGGUAGACACUAUGCACCACGCGGAUAGGGAGACAUGAUGGAUUCUGUCGGCAUGUGCGUUGACAGACUGGUUGCUAUAAUGGAAGAGAGUAUUUGGCCUUUGAGCACAAUUCGACGACCACACCGAACUGAAUCAAACCACACCGAGCCACCGGGAUGUUUUUUUGUGCAUGGGAUUUGGCGUUGGGCAGUCAUGGGAUUUUUAUCAGGGACGAUGGACUGGGUCAUCAAAAUCGAAAUGCGGAGUCCAGCACGAGUCUGGCCACACAGCGUCUUCUCGUUUCACCACUUUUACAGGGUACCGGCCUUAUUUCCUUUGUAUCUAUUAGACACCUCUUGAGAGAUAUUGUCUCAUUCGAUCGACAACACUUGCGUCUUUAUGGCAACCUGGCCUAUAUUUUCCUUUGGCAAGCCAAAUUGCUUCUGCUUGUCUUAUAACAGCGCUCAGUGUUGAUUGUGGCAAGCACGUUGCCCAAAAAACAGAAGAAGAGGAUUGAGGUCAAUGUGGAGGUCUAUAACAUGCAAUUGCAACAAGGUAGAAUGAGUUCCACCACGUGCAGUGGAGAAUAGAAUGGUUUGCCCUCGCGGUAAUUUCUCAAGAAAAUGCGACGCUUUUUCAGGAGUCCCCUUGCGAUGCCGCCCUUUUCCCCCUCCAAUCAUUCUCUGCCUCUCCCGAGUACUGAUGUCGUCUACGUCAGUCCUCAGCAU